GAAGAGGUGGAAAAUGAUGCAGAAGAUGAAAACGAUGCUGUUGAGCCUUCCAGCCCGUCAUCCUCGAGCAUUUCAUCUUCUUCAUCGUCUCCACCAUCGCUUACUCAACGUCUACGGAACACUCACCACACAAGCUGCGUGCAAGAAGCACAACUCUCGCCAGAUGGAAGCUGCAUCUUCACCUCAGACUAUAACCGUUCUUUCUCCGUCUAUCCUGUCUCUAACGACAUCGGAUCCCACACAAGCGCUCAGAGCCUCACACCCUAUGCAUCUUUACACUCGCCUAACCCCAUCUGGGCUUUUGCUGCUAACCCACUCUUCAACUUGCAAGAUGCUAAUAGCACAACCGUGCUUGUCAGUCGUCGCGACUCUUACAUCACACUGCACAAUGCUCUAUGGGACAUCUCACGAACCUACGCCAACGAGGAAAAUCCGCCUCCAACUCCAGGACCAGUCAACAUCUCGACAUCCCUUGCUUCCUACAAAUUAAUCAACAACCUCACCGAAGCUGUCACAGCACCCAUAAGUCUAACAUACUCCCACGACGGCGCCCACUUCUUCGGCGGCACCCAGGACAAGAUCGUCAUUUUCGACCUGCAAGAAACAGACAAACCCAUCCACACAAUCGCCACCAUACCCGCUCGCCGCAACAAACUCAAAGGCGGAGGCCGCGGCUUCAAAGGAUACAUAUCCGCUCUAUCCCUCUCCCCACCCUCACCACCUUCGCGCGAUGGCCUCCUAGCAGCUGGAUCACGUACCCGCCACAUCGGCAUCUACGACCCCACCAGCGGCACCGAAGUCACCAGCUUCGCCCUCCCCGGCACAUCCAGCGGCGUCAAAUCGCGUAAUGAGAACUUGAAGGACGUCAUGGGCGAUGGUGUAUCGAGUCUCAAAUGGAGUCCCUGCGGCAACUACCUCUACGUCGCCGAGCGCAACGCAGACGUCCUGCUCAUCUACGAUGUUCGGAGUUUUUCGCUAGCGCUGGGGUACUGUGCGGGUAGACGGGCGCUGACGAAGCAGAAGCUCGGGUUUGAUGUUUGGAAUGCGGGACAGUCGCCGUAUGAUGUUGAGGGGUUUUCGCAUGAGGUUUGGGCUGGGGGGACGGAUGGGAAGGUCAGGGUGUGGAGGGAUGCGUAUGCGAAGGAAGGGACUGUGCUACCGGAUGAGGUUAUCAGUGUGGGGCAUGAGGAUGAGCCUGUUGUUGCGUCGCUCGUAUAUCCGACCGGGAGUUUGGUUGUAGCUGCGACGGGGGUUGUGCGUGUUGAGGACGAAGAAGAGGAGCAGAGGGGUGUGCAGAGAGGUGGUGGUGGUGGUGGUGGUGUGAGACCUAGGUUUCGGGAAUGGGGGAAUGUUGAUAUUUUGGCGUUGGGAUAG